AUGCCGGACAAUGUCGUGCCAUUCGAAAAAAGUCCGGCUGUGUUGCGAGCUCGACGGGAUAUCGAGCACCAGAUCAAAUCCGGAUCGGACUUCUGGGGUGGCCUGCGACUCAAGACCCAGCUUAACACACUGGUUUCCGUUGCACGCCUGCCCGCGGAACUGUUGGCACUAAUAUUCAGAGCCUAUAUUGAUCUGUACGUGCAGAAAACUACGUAUCUGUACGACUUGCAUUACCGGCGGGGGCGCCCGAAAUCUGCGAAGUGCUACCAGUGGUUUGGGAUCACGCAUGUCUGCCGAGACUGGCGUGAGGUCGCGCUCGGGACUCCCUGGCUGUGGGUUGACAUCACAAUCACCCGCAUAGAAUGUGUGCAGCAGAUGCUAGCCCGGUCCAAGAACGCGCCGUUGACCGUGCACGGUCAUAUCGAUCGCUCAAGGGUGGAGGUACUCAAGCUGAUUUGGCGGGAAGAUCUACAUCGUAUCCGUGACCUCGAUGUCGCUUUGUCGGAUGAAAUACUCGAGGAGCUUCCCAUCGGGGAUAGCAGAAAUACGCCCAUCUUCCGGUCUUUACGGUUAAGCACUGGCAAGCCUCAGUUGUGGGAUGUGAAUGAUGAUGCACUAUCGUCACCUUUCAUCUCAAGCCUCGCAUCGGCAUCCCUAGAAGAGGUGAAUCUCUUGGGCUUCUCGCUGCAGUCCUUUCAAGUACUAGUACCCGUCUCAACUCUGAUCACUCUAAGGUGGUGCACUGUCGAGAGGCCGGUGGAAGUAAGAGCUGUCCUCGCCCUUCUUCGGAAUAUGCCCCUGCUUCGCACACUGAAAUUGCGUGGAUUAACUGCUGCCUCACGAAGGGAUAUUACUUCCGGACCCGUGGACCUGCCACAGCUGCAGUGCCUGCAUAUCUGGAGCGCGGUUACGCCAUGUGCAGAACUGUUGGCUCAUCUUUCGUUGCCAGUAGGCCUCACGAUGCACCUAGUCAUCGAGAGAUUCGAUGGCUUGCACAUGUGGGAAUAUUCCCGAAUUAUGGAGCCUGUUCUCGUUGCAAUACACAAUAUCACAUCUUCCGACCCCCUUCGUACCAUAUCAGUAACAAAAUCUGAAAUUCCACCACUCGGUUCCCCUCUAUCAGGCUAUGGGUAUGCCUUCGAUCUUAAAGCAUGGACAACAGUCGUUGCACCUGAGUCCCACAUCCCAAGCGCAGACCCUCGAAUUCGUCUCACUCUCCAAAAUGAACGAUAUCCUCAAAGAGAACUGGUAAAGGCCAUUGUACCAGCUUUACCUCUGGACGAGGUGAAUUAUCUCCGGGUCGAAGAAGGGCUGGGUUAUUUCCAGGCCUGGAAGGAGACUUUCAGGCAGCUGCGAAACAUCAAGACCCUCCAUGUAUAUGAAGUGGCAGCAGAAUCUCUACCGGACUCCUUGUGCUUCAAUGAUAGUUUUGCUAACAAGCAGGCAAUAAGGGACAGUCAUACUGGCGUGGCGGACAAUAGCGGCAGCGGCGAUGCAGAGCCCGGGGGACAACUUUUCCCUUGCCUUGAGUAUCUCAGACUCGAGCGGGUCAUGUUCUUCGAUGAUUUCAAAGCGCCUACCCACCAAGACUUCAUGCAAAAGCUGUUCAUAGCUCUGAAGUCUAGGAGUGCGAUGUUCCUACACCUGGAUGUAUGCGGAGGAAUCAACUUCACGGGACGUGAAGCAGACCUGCUGAAGACGGUUGUACAUGAGCUCACAUGGGAUGAAGUAGUGGAGAUCGAACAACCUGACUCGGAGACCACUGCUAGCGACGGUGAAGAAUAUGAGGAAGAAAAUGACAAAUCAAGCUUUCACAGGGAUUCCCAGACUGACGAUGUGCACCAUGCAAACCCCGACGAUAUGCCCUUUCGUGUCUACUAA